UAGUUUUGCCCCAGAUGAUGAGAGUGGGUGUGUUCAUUUACACAGCACAUAAUGAAAGUCGCGCAUUCUGGUGGUGCCAUGCGCGCAUGGAGAGGUUUUAGUCGCGCGUUACAUCAAACUGAGCCAUUUGAAUCACAGUGCGCGCACGCGGAGGAACCGACGGUCAUCAACUUGAACGAGCACGAUACGAUGAGAUCAUUUUAAACGGUCAAGUUUGUCACCAGGACAAGUAAAGGAUACAUUUUUACUCAUUAUCUGAGGAGUUUACGAUGUCGGGAUCUUUCUGUAGAAGUUUAUACGCCUUUAACGGAGAUCACGAGCAGGGCUUGAAGUUUGAAGCUGGUGAACUGAUCAAAAUAAUACAAGCUUUGGAAGGAGGAUGGUGGGAAGGCGAGAAGGACGGAGUACGAGGAUGGUUUCCAUCAACAUACGUACAAGUGGUCGAGAAAAUAGGCUCAAUGUGUCCUCUUGAUGAGCCGCUGCCCAGAGACUGGAAAUGCUACAUGUCUCCGCAGGGACGGAGAUACUACGUCAACACCGUCAGCAAUGAAACAACUUGGGAAAAGCCAUCCAGUGUUCCUGGCACCCCCAAAACUCCAUUAAAACACAAAAAUUCCCUACCUACAGUGAAUGGAUUUCAUGGCAAUGGUAGCCCGUUGCAUCAGACCGAACAGUCACGUGUGGUAAUGCGAAAGUCAAGCGCAGAACAACAGAGUCCUGUGUCUACAUCACCCACCAGGAAGCUGGAGCGGGAAACCACAAUAACAAUCAACAGUGUGACGUUCCCUCUUCCACUGCACAUGUCUGAACAGCAGCUGCUAAAACCAGAUGAGUGGAGCUACUGUGAUUAUUUUUGGGCAGACAAAAAGGACCCACAGGGAAACGCCACCAUGUCAGGAUUUGAGGUUUUACUGCAAAAACAACUGAAGGGAAAACAGAUGCAGAAAGAGAUGGCUGACUUUGUGCGGGAGAGAAUCAAGAUUGAGGAGGAGUAUGCCAAGAAUCUAUCAAAGCUCUCUCAGAUCCCACUCGCUGCACAGGAGGAAGGCACACUUGGAGAAGCUUGGGCCCAGCUAAAGAAAAGCCUGGCGGAUGAAGCAGAAGUUCAUCUCAAGUUCUCCUCCAAGCUUCAGAGCGAGGUGGAAAAGCCUCUCUUGACAUUUCGGGAAAACUUUAAAAAAGACAUGAAAAAGGUUGACCACCAAAUGGCCGACGUCAGGAAGCAGCUAGCCGGUCGAUACUCUGCUGUAGAGAAGGCGCGCAAAGCGCUCGCAGAUCGCCAGAAAGACCUAGAGUUCAAAACCCAGCAGCUGGAGAUGAAACUGAGCUCCAAGAUCGAGGAGGACAUAAAGAAAGCUCGCAGGAAAUCCACACAGGCAGGAGAUGACCUGAUGCGAUGCGUUGAUCUCUAUAAUCAGUCCCAGUCCAAGUGGUUUGAAGAGAUGGUCACCACAAGUCUGGAGCUUGAGAGGUUGGAGGUGGAGCGUGUAGAGAUGAUCAGACAACACCUGCGUCAAUAUACGACGUUACGGCACGAGACAGACAUGUUUAAGCAAAGCACUGUCGAGCCGGUGGACAAACUGCUUCAGAAUGUCGACCCUGCCAGGGACCGAGAGCUGUGGGUGAAGGAACACAAGACGGGAGAGGUGAGACCGGUGGACAUGGAGAUUUAAACCAGUGCAGCUUCUCCAGGGUCUUCAAUCAUCCAGGGGACAUUGGUCUAAAAGGCCAUGGAAGACAUGGCGUUUUUAAAGGAGAAACUGUAAAACAGCUUGCUGGACUAAGAGAAAGAGCGCCCUCUGUCAAUUGAUUGUUGCAACCUGGAGCUGAGAUUUCGCUUUCCAAAGGAACCUCUGCAGGGUGGAUGCCAUGAUCUUCCCACAAAUUUGACCAAGUGAAACUUUUAAAAGGAGAAUAAAGAGAAUGUGUAAAUAUCUACCGAACUUUGACUCAGGAGAACAGAUGCUAUGUAAUAAUCCAUAAAGUCGUUAUCUACUGUUGCAAUCAAAUCAUAAGUAUUUAAUCUUGCUCAUAUCUUGAUUGUCAAGCAUAGUGAGUUUAUAAUGCUAUUUAAAUUUGUACUAAUAUAUAAAUGCUGCUGUUGUAAAAUGCAUACAGAUAUUACAGCUGUUUGAAAGCAAUGAACUUGACAUGGCUUAUGGAUUUGUCCUAGGUUCACCCUUUAGUAUGCAAAAUGUUGCAGGUACAUGAUAUGCAGUCCCAACAUCAAUAACUUAUUAUUACUGAGACAAAAUUGAAUUAAAAAAGGUAUUCAGAGACCGACUGGUAUUAUAUGAGUUAUCAGUGACCUGCUCUUCCGAGGACGAAAGAAAGCUAAAAAUUUGUUAGGGGGUCAUGUUUGUGGCUCGUCAUGUCAAAAUAUGUAUUCGGUGAGUCAUGUGGAUUGCUUGUCAUGUUAAAAUAUGUGUUCAGUGCAUCAUGUGUGUUACUCGUCAUGUCAAAAUAUGUGUUCGGUGCGUCAUGUGUGUGACUCAUGUCAAAAUAUGUGUUCGGUGUGUCGUGUGUCACUGUGUGUUGCUUGUCAUGUCAAAAUAUGUGUUUGGUGCGUCACGUGUGACUCAUCAUGUCAAAAUAUGUGUUCGGUGCGUCGUGUGUCACUGUGUGUUGCUUGUCAUGUCAAAAUAUGUGUUUGGUGCGUCACGUGUGACUCAUCAUGUCAAAAUAUGUGUUUGGUGCGUCACGUGUGACUCAUCAUGUCAAAAUAUGUGUUUGGUGCGUCACGUGUGACUCAUCAUGUCAAAAUAUGUGUUUGGUGCGUCACGUGUGACUCAUCAUGUCAAAAUAUGUGUUUGGUGCUUUAGUGUGACUCAUCAUGUCAAAAUAUGUGAUUGGUGCGUCACGUGUGACUCAUCAUGUCAAAAUAUGUGUUUGGUGCGUCACGUGUGACUCAUCAUGUCAAAAUAUGUGUUUGGUGCGUCACGUGUGACUCAUCAUGUCAAAAUAUGUGUUUGGUGCGUCACGUGUGACUCAUCAUGUCAAAAUAUGUGUUCAGUGCGUCGUGUGUGACCAAUCAUGUCAAAAUGUGUGUCCGGUGCGUCAUGUAUGUUGCUUGUCAUGUCAAAAUUUGUGUUCCAUGCUUCGUGUGUUUGGGGUGUCAUGACUCAUCAUGUCAAAAUAUGUGUUCGGGGUGUCGUGUGUGGCUCGUAAUGUCAAAAUAUGUGUUCAGUACAUCAUGGAAACAUAUGUGCAUCGCGUGUCAUGUCAAAAUACAUGUCUGCCACAUAUGCAUCGAAAGGGUUUAUAAUAAAAUCACAUAUUUUGACAUGACGAUCCACAUACAAGACGAUGUUUUGACGAGUUUCACGUUCGUGCCUCCUCGGAAAAGAAGUUACGAGCUGCCACUGUGAAUUAUACGAGUAUUGAUUAUUUGUUAAUAACUUUACAGAUGCUCAUAGUCAAUGGUAUGCUCACACAACAGCAAAAUACAAUUUUCAGUCCUUUAACAUCUGCCUCAAAUAGUUCAGAAUACAUAUAAAGUCUUACCUUGUAAUACAGACAUGAAACAUGAAAACCUAGCUAAUGUAAUUUUUGUGAUUUACAUAAUGUAAAGAAUUUUCUGUGAAAAUACCUUGAUAUCUUUAAUAUUGAUUGAUGAGUGAGGUGAUAGAGGUCAAAGAUUGAAAUCAAUGUAAAAUUUAUGAGUAAAGUCAAAAUUUGAUGCUCCUUAAAUCAUCAUUAACCUGGAUUUCACAUCAUUUAAGAGUCACACCUAUUAGCAAACAUGGUAUCAAUCCCAAAAUCUGACUGAACAAUUUUUGUCUCAAGCAGAUAUGUCCCACACUACACUGUAAUGGACUCAGGGGUUAAAUCACAUAAUUAUGGUCUAUUAACAAAAGGAUGUUAUUUUCUGUUCAUUAAUCUAUGGUAGGCUAGUUUCAAACAAUCAUUGUAAUUAUUUAACUUCAGUAGUUUCCCCUAAAGAAUAUUUACUGAACACUUCUAAACCAUCAUUACAAACUGUGUAGGUAAAGGAGGUAAAAGAGGUACAGAUAAUAUAUUAAAAACUAUUUUGCACAGUGCUUAUUUUUGUACCAAAACAAUAACACGUUUUUUAAAUAGUCUUCAAGACAUUUUAACUGGAUUUCAUUUUUUAUUAGAAGCUUUUU